AUGGAUGCCUCUGCUUUGAACCGAAGAAACUCUCAACAUGUUCGUUCAAAGAGUGAGCCUUCAAAUCCACACCCAAUCAUCAGCCAAGUUGAUGAGCAACUGAGAAGAUUAAUGGAUUCUGAAGCCAUAUCUUCUCCAUCAUCUUCACUAUGCCACAAACUUGUUGCCCUUCAAGAUUUGCACGAUUCCGUAUUGCUUAUUUUGCCUCUUUCCCAACAAGCUCUGGUCCAAGUGAGUGACAAGAAAGUGUUGAAUGACUUACUAGAAGGAUCUCUCAGACUGCUGGAUUUGUGUGACACAGCUAAGAAUGCCUUGUUGCAAACAAGAGAAUGCACACAUGAAUUAGAGUCGGUUUUGCGUAGAAGGAGAAGUGAAAUUGGUACUUCUAGUUCACUUAAAAAAUGUUUAAGUUCCAGGAAGAUGAUAAAGAAAGCAAUCCACGAAGUCUUGAAGGGAAUGGAAAGCAAACAAUUCAACAAAGAUAAUGGAAGUUUCUACUUUGUCAACCAGAUAAAAGAGGUUGAAGCAGUCACAUACCACAGCAUAGUAUCCUUAUUGUCCUUUAUAGCAGGACCAAAGUUGCCAGCGAAAUGGAGAUGCUGGUCUUCAGUUUCCAAGCUUGUGCAAUCCAAAAAAGUAGCCUGUGUAAGCGAAGAAACAAACAUAAGUGUUGUAGAAAGAUUGGAUUUGACAUUAAGUUCAAUUACCAAUCACCAAACUGACAAGGACUUCCAAAUUCAAGUUGAGGACAUGCAGAAGUUGCUGAGGGAUUGUGGAGCAAGCAUUAAGGAAAUUGAAGAAGAACUUGAGGGUCUUUAUAGGUUCAUAAUCAAAACCAGAGUUUCCCUUCUCAAUAUCUUCAACUACUAA